CCGGCAACCAGAAAGAGGGUUACCUAAUUGAAUACGACCCUCGAGCGAGCGAAGCACCCAAUCUUGAAUCGAUGCUAAAGAAACACGUUUUGCGAUCAAGGGUCAAGAUACAAAAUGUCGCUGAUGAGUGGGACGUGUGGGCCGCUUGGGGCCAUGAACUAUCUGAACCAGAACGCAAGUGGAGAUUUGGAAGUCAAGGUGCUGUCGAACCAGUCUGGGAAAACGGCAUUAGUACCUGGAAAGGGAGUGAUAGUUUUAGAGUCCGGGAUUUGAGAGCAGUUGGAAUGGGCUCACGUAUCCUCACUGCAAAGGACAAGAACCCGGAAGAAACACAAACACAUGAGACAGGUUCAGCAGAGGACUACACCAUUCAUAGGAUACUACGCGGGGUUCCGGAAGGUUCCGUUGAACUACCAGCUCUGAGUGCUCUUCCCUUGAACUCCAACAUGGACAUAAUGGGAGGAAGCUGCUACGUCGGCCAGGAGCUGACUGUCCGCACUUAUCACACAGGAGUGAUUCGUAGAAGGAUAUAUCCAGUCCAGAUAUAUCCGCGGGAUCAGAGCCCGCGCCCGAUGGAAACUGUCGACAAAACUAUUCCACAAAUGGAGGCUACGUCAAUGACCACAUUCAAGGGCGACGCCGCAGAACGGGGGACGAAGCCAAAGUUGUUGACAAGUAUUCAUGGUGUAGGGCUCGCAGUCCUCCGAUCGGCCCAGUUGCCAAAUUUUGAGAAGGAUGAGCUUAGGAUGCAAGUAAAGGGGCCUGAUGGAAGCAUAUUCAAUGUCAAACCGUGGAUGCCGUCUUGGUGGCCUAGAGAGGUCAUACCGACGGAUGUUGAGCAAUAG